AUGGUGUCAGAUAAUCCUGAAGAGCAAUUCCUCCGCCCGCCAAGUGAUGGGGAGGAGGAUUAUGCUCCUGUGUAUCGGUCCCCUUCUGCAUAUUCCCCGCUCUCUACAUUUAUCUUACCAAGGGGUGAAAUGAGGCACUUUCAGCAGCAAUAUGCUGAUAUUUACUUUUUGCGAUUGGCGAGGUUGAAGCCAGCAGUUGCUGAGAUUGCGGUAGCUUCAUGGGAAGGGUUUAAUAUUGCUGGUGAGUAUGCAAGGCGUGUAGACAGAGUCUUAGACGUACGGCAAGGUGAACUAUGUUGGGUUGCUGGCACCGUCUACAUGGAUCUUCCAUUAAAACCUAAUAUUCUAGACGAUAUAUCAAAAGAACAUUGGACGGCUGCUCCGCCUUCACGCAAAACAUAUCUCGACCCUUCCAAUCAAGCAUCAGCAAAGACUAUGCUGGAAGAUGAAUCGGGUCGUUUGCAACUGACUGGCACUUUGCUUCAAUCGGCUCUUUUAGUAACAGGAGCCAUUGUAGCCGUACUUGGCACCGAGAACGUCAAUGGUGAUUUUGAAGUCAUCGAUAUUAAGGUGCCAGAUCUACCCGCCCAACCUGAGCGUUGGGAGAGAUCAUCAGCGGCCCCUCAAGAGUCCGCUAAACGAAAGCAUGACUCUUUGGAACAGACACGUGGUGGCACAGGGGGGAAAAGAAAAAAAAUAGCAAUGGUCAGCGGCCUUGGAAUCACAGGCACAUCAGGGGAUACCGUUGCGCUGUCCUUAUUAACAGACUACCUUCUCGGCUAUAAUGAACCUCAUCUUACUGCUCAAACAAAUGAAACCAAUUCCUUUCCGUUUUCAUCUCAAAUAACACGCCUCAUAAUAGCCGGAAAUUCCCUUGGAAGCAGCAUACUCUCUACCCAAUCUGAAGCCGAAAAUGGGGAUUCCACUAUCACAGCAGCGAAGAAACGCCACGGGCCAAAAAAAUACGGAUACGACGCCGCAGCCUACAAUGCCUCCCCAAUAAACCACUUCGAUACCUUCCUCGCUGAAAUUCUUCCCAGCAUUCCCAUCACUUUGAUGCCUGGCGAAACCGAUCCAGCGAAUUUCUCAUUACCCCAGCAGGAAAUUCACAGGGCCAUGUUCCCCCGUUCAAAAGCCUACUGCUCGGCAGCGCGGCCAGGGACGACUGGAGAACCUACAGCAGAACCUGGUUGGUUGGAUAAUGUGACGAACCCAUGGGAAGGAGAUGUAGAGGGCUGGCGAUUUUGGGGCUGCAGUGGACAGAAUGUUGACGAUAUGCUUCGUUAUAUCGAUUUGGAGACGGAGGGAGAUGGCCUAGGUGGUAACGAGAGUGAUAAGGAUGGAGAGGCGAGAUUGCGUUUGAUGGAAGCUAUGCUCAGAUGGCGGUGCGCGGUGCCUACCGCGCCUGAUACGUUGUGGUGCUACCCCUAUCAAACGCACGACCCAUUCACCCUCCAGUCCUGUCCACACGUUUUUUUUGCAGGGAACCAGCCAAGUUUCCGAACGGCGAUUGUCGAGAGUUCCGCGGCGGUUUCUUCGUCGGGAACUGGAGAUGAGCAGGGUAUGCGGGUACGUAUCAUUACUCUCCCGAAGUUUAGUGAGACUGGCGAAAUUGUGCUUGUUGAUGUGGACACGUUGGAGGUGGAAGUUGUCAGGUUUGGGACUUUUGAGAGGAAUGCGGAGGAUAAAUUGUCAUGA